AUGGCAGCUCGUCCUACUGUGAACGUGCGAGGAGUCGACGGCGCGGCUAAGGGAUCGCUCCCUUUGCCUGCGGUUUUUACCGUCCCCAUCCGCCCUGACGUUAUCGAGCAGAUUCACUCGCAACUUGCGAAGAACAAGCGCCAGCCUUACGCUGUUGCCUCUAACGCCGGACAUCAGACCUCCGCUGAGUCCUGGGGUACUGGUCGUGCCGUUGCGCGUAUCCCCCGUGUUGGCGGUGGUGGCACGCACCGCUCCGGUCAGGCCGCCUUUGGCAACAUGGCCCGCGGUGGUCACAUGUUCAACCCUACCAAGGUCUGGCGCCGCUGGUUCAUCAAGACCAACCAGACUCAGCGCCGCAUUGCGACUGCGUCUGCGUUGGCCGCGACUGCGCUUCCCUCUUUGGUUCUUGCCCGCGGUCACCGUGUCGAGCAGAUUGAAGAGGUGCCCUUGAUUGUCUCUAGCGAGAUUGAGUCGUACACCAGGACCAAGGAGGCCGUCAACGUCCUCAAGGCCCUCAACGCCUACGAUGACGUUUUGAAGUCUUCCAACUCGCGCAAGAUCCGUGCUGGUGUUGGCAAGCUCCGCAAUCGUCGCCACAAGCAGCGCCGUGGUCCUUUGGUUAUUUACAACGAGGACAAUGGUCUUGUCAAGGCUUUCCGCAACCUGCCCGGUGUUGAGCUGGUCAAUGUGCACCAGCUCAACCUUCUUCAACUUGCUCCGGGUGGCCACAUUGGCCGUUUUGUGAUUUGGACUGAGGACGCCUUUAAGCAGCUCGACAGCAUUUUUGGCACUUAUGACACUGCCUCUGAGAUUAAGAAGGGCUUCCGUCUUCCCAGCGCAAAGAUUUCUAUGCCCGACGUUACCCGUCUCAUCAACUCUGACGAGAUCCAGAGCGUUGUGCGCCCGGCUGGCCCCAAGCAAACCAAGCGUCCCUUUACGCAGAAGAAGAACCCCCUGCGCAACCGUGCCGUUCUCUUCCGUCUCAACCCUUACGCGCAGGCGUCUAUUCGCAACGAGAUCCGCGAGCAGGCGAUGCGCCGCGACGGCAAGCUCAAGAAGAACACAAGGGCUCCCCGUACCAAGACGGACACUCGCUUUUUCGAGCAGCUCUUUGCUCCUUAA